AUGGCAGAAUUGACAUUUUUAAUUAUUAAUGAAGUGUCAUCACUAAUUUCGUUAGAAAAUGUUAAUCGCGACAAUUUAAAAAUAUCACGUGAUCCAACAUUUGAUCGAUGUCUGUCUGAUGUCGAUGGUCUCUUUGGAGCUCAUCUGUUUUGGGACUUCGUUUGCAUAGGAAAAAUGAGCCUAGCGGACGAGGAAAUUCAAUUACAUAACACAGAAGUAGGCUGGAUCCUCACGAGUGAAACGGUAGGAAAUAGUCAAUCACGCAAAGCGAUCUGCAACACGAAACUCAAGGUACUACCUGACCAUAUUGAAACCUUUAGGAACAUAGAGGAACGCUCUUCAACGAGAACUCUAUAUCCAGAAGAACACGCGUGCGGAAUACCCUACACAAUACAUACUACACGGGAUUCAACUGGCAGGACGAUUGCCCGCGUGGCAAAAAAUACAACCACCGAGACAACACUGGUGGAGCAUAUUGGAUAAAGAAUAUCUCAAUCAACUAAUGAUUGGGGAAAAAUGGCAUCAGCAUAGCGCAACAAAAUCCAAGGAAAGCAUGAUGGUCAUAUCAAGGUUUAUACCACGUGGUUUACUGUUGAGAGGACCUGUCGAGUGCUUAGGAUGCCAAUUAACCUCUCGGCGCGGUACAAAUUGUAAACCUUAUGUAGUGUGGGAAAUUCCAACUUCCCAAAAAAUAGCAGAUGUGCCGUCCGUACUGCAAACUGAAGAAUCCAAAAUCCUGAGCAAUGUGAUUUCUAAUUAUUUAUCUGUUCUUUAUUUUCUAUUAUUUCGUUCUUGAUCACUUGUUUUUUAUCUUUAUUACCAUUAUAAUAAAAUAAAAAAUUAAUUAUGAAAUAUAUUUCAGAAGAAUCGAACUUUUUGUUUGUUAAACAUUCUGUAUAUUUCAUUCAGCCAAGUCAAAAUUAUUCAGUUUUAGAGAAAAACAAACUUCCACGGCAAUUACCAAAUACAAAGCCAUUUUUUUCUAUUGUUUAUUGUCAAAGAUAAUAUUGUAAAUGAGAAAGAUUGUAUUGUUAUUGUAACCACAUUUGCAGGUAUAACAAUUGUGUGUAAAAUAAUAAAUAAAAUAUUGAUUUAUAUAUAGAA